AUGCCUCGUGCCACAGCAACGAUCGGAAACACCGUCCUUGCCGAGACGGAUAAGUGGGAGAACGUCGAGGGGAACGUCUAUUUCCCCCGCUCCUCCCUGAAAGAUUCCACGGGGACAUUUACGCUGAUAAAAUCCGACGCAUCGACUUUCUGCCCUUGGAAGGGGACUGCGUUGUACUAUGGUAUUGCUCUGCAGGAGUCAGGUACUGUCAUCUCUGAUGUAGCAUGGUACUACCCGGAGCCGUCCAAGGCGGCGCAGAAUAUUAGGGAUCAUGUUGCUUUUUAUAAGACGAAGGUCCGCGUCGUUGUUGAGUAG